GUAUUCUGUAUGCAUCAGCCAGCAACCAUCAGCAGCAGCAGCAGCAAAGAGUCAGCUAGACAGACGUGCCGGGGCUCAAGAUGAUGCUGGUCGCAGUACUGCCGUGGGCAUCAUCACCCGUGCCGCCGAUGAAGCUUUGCAGCGGCAAGAGGACGGCGAGCGCGAUGCCGCUGGCGGCCAAGAAGCGCUCUGCUUCGUCGGCACACCACCCAGGCCGCGGCCGUGCCCUAACGGCAGCGACGGCAACGGCGCCCGCCUCUUGCCAUGACGACGAGCAGCGGCCGCGGCUGCAGACCCUGGACCUUCUGCGGUUCCUGGAGGAGGACGGGUGGGUGGAGGACCAGAUGCUGUCGCUGCUCACCCCCGUGGACGAGGCAUGGCAGCCCGCCGAUCUCCUGCCCACCUUCGCUGUCGCCGCAGAGGAGCAGCGGGUCCAGGUGGCGGAGCUCCAGGCCCGCGCGGCGGGCGUGCCCGACGAGCUCCUCGUGUGCCUCGUGGGCAACAUGAUCACGGAGGAAGGGCUGCCCACGUACAUGACCAUGGGGAACCGGGUCGGCCCGGCGGAAGGCGUCACCGACGCCACCGGCCGCGACGGCCACGGCUGGGCUCGCUGGCUGCGCGGCUGGACCGCCGAGGAGAACCGCCACGGCGACCUGCUCAACCGCUACCUCUACCUGUGCGGCCGCGUGGACAUGCGCCAGGUGGAGAGGACGGUGCACCACCUCCUCCGCCGCGGCAUGAGCAUGACGGAGCCCUCCUGCCCCUACCACGCGUCCAUCUACGGCGCCUUCCAGGAGCGCGCCACCUUCGUCUCCCACGCCCGCACCGCCAGGCGCGCCGCGCUCCACGGCGACGCCUGUCUCGCCAAGCUCUGCGGGGUCAUCGCCGGCGACGAGAAGCGCCACGAGGUCGCCUACACCAGGGUCGUCGCCAGGUGCUUCGAGGCCGACCCCGACGGAGUGGUGCGGGCGCUCGCGGCCGUCAUGCGAGCCAAGGUCACCAUGCCCGGCGAGCGAAUGACGGACGGCCGCGACGACAGCCUCUUCGACCACUUCUCGGCGGUGGCGCAGCGCGCCGGGGUGUACACGGCGGCGGACUACGGCGACAUGGUGGAGCACUUCGUGCGCACGUGGAGGGUGGCGGGGCUCCAGGGGCUGUCUGGCGAGGGGCGCCGCGCGCAAGACUACGUGUGCGGGCUGCCGCGCAAGAUCCGCAGGAUGGAGGAGCUGGCCCACGACCGUGCCGCCCAAAAAGAGGCCCAAUCUGUCAGCAUCAGCUGGGUGUUCGACAGGCCCGUCCGUCUGCACUGAAGGAAAGUUGAAGGACAUACACCAAUCCUCAACUGAAGCCCCAAUCACUACUACUACUACUGGAGGCGUUGGAAAUGCACCUUACUAGUUAAAUGCUCCUAUAUUCUAAGUUUUCUAUAUAUAUCAUAUAAAUAUCAUAUAAGUAAGCUUUAUUUUAAUAAAACCUAAAAUAUAUGUGUUAUUGUUGGUUAGAUAGAUGCUAAUGUGAAGCCAACGAUCAAAGUUCAAACCCCCACUUUAUACACAAUAAAUUGUGCUUUAUAUAGUAGAGAUAUUGUAACCGAGCUUGGCUGAUAUGCAGUGUACAACUAUAAAUGUGAACUUC